AUGGGGGCUCGGCUUCCUUAUGCCUCGGGGCGAGGCCGGGCCAUAAUAUCUACCGCGAACGUGAGGAGCGACGGCACCGGCCUUCGUCUGAGCGUGGACAAGGCUCCCUCCGGCGCGUGGAUGUCCAGCGAGGUGAUGAUCGACACCAGCUUCGGAUACGGCCGGUACGAGUUGGAGGUCAACGGUGCAUUGGGCUCGCACGACCCCAACAUCAUUUUCGGGGCGUUCAUCUGGGACGAGACGAACGGCGCUCACUACAACGGAGAGACCGACAUCAUCGAAGCCUCCCGCUUCGGCGACCCCUUCAACCCUUUCAACGCUCAGCAGGUCAUCGCACCGUGGAACAUGGACGGCCGCAUCAACAGGUUCGCCCUACCGGAAGACACUCCCUACGCCGUCCUUUCGGUCGAUUGGACCGCAUCCGACAUCGUCUUCCGGGUCGAGAACCCCGACACCGGCUUUGCUACGUCCUGGUCGCCUGCCGACAAGAGCAUCAUACCGAGACCGACCGGUUUCGAACGCCUGCAUCUCAACGCAUGGCAGAACUUCGGAUCGGGACCCUGGUACGGCGCUCCGGUCAGCUUCACGGUGACGUCCUUCACGUUCUCGCCAUCCACGGGCGCAUCGGUGGUGGUGCCCCCGAAGAACGUCUCGGUCCCCUUGCCGGCCCCUUCGGAAGGUCCUCUCAACGUCUCGGCACCGAUACCGACCCCAUUCGCGACCCUCGCGGUGAAUCUUACGGCCGCGACGCCGAACAUCACGGGCCCGACGGCGCCGAACCUCACGGGAACGAAGGAGCCGCUCGCGUUUCCGCCCGCCCCCGCGCAUGCCCCCACGACGUCCGCUCCCACCUGGGCUCCCGGACCCUCACCAUCGCCUGCGAGCCCCAACUCGAUGCCUCCCCCUGCGACGCGGCCGCCCAUCGUCCAGAGCCUGACGACCCUGGUGGGCUCCGCGUCCCGGAUAUCGGGAGCCCUGUCCGCCAUCGGUAUCUUGACGGCCCUCAUGUCGCUUCUAUAG